AUGUCCUAUCCAGCUCUGACGCCGACUAGACCUCUGCCUGGAACAUAUUUUCAAACGCCUGCCCCCCCUGCUGUCAACAAUGGGCCGCUUUUCCCAAGCAGAACGCCCUCGGCGUCUGCCGCGCGAUCAGAAUCAUCUUCGUUCCUCCACAGGUUGUCUCCAGCAGCUCCAAGUGCGAGAAGCGAGACUUUGAGUACACGAGAGCGCGCAGCGCAAACGAUAAAUGAUACUCUUACGCAUGAAUCUCGAUAUCCGGAUCUAGACAGCUAUCUGUCUCAAGGUUUCUCCUCGGAUUAUGACAUCCCCUCCCAGCCAGCGUGGGCUCCUUUUCACAAAGUCAAGAUGUACAAUAUCCCGGACCAAAUCUUCGAUCAGUACAAUCGCGCACAAGUGUCGACGAGUAUGGGCUUGUUUGCUGAGUUGAACCACGCCUGGGUUGCUAUUGACAAUGCGCUCUAUCUAUGGGACUACACCCACCCAAACCCGCAGCUUGUUGGAUACGAGACCCAGGCAAGUAGCGUAAAUUCGGUUAAGCUCGCGAAACCUCGCGCCGGGGUCUUCUUGCCAUCGAUAACCCAUGUUCUCGUGAUCUCUACAGCAGCAGAGAUUAUCUUGCUAGGAAUGGGAUGUGAGAUAGUCGCUGGAGGCGCGAAGCAAGUGACAUUGUAUCAGACAGGCAUGUCGACUUCAAUUCGAGGGCUUGAUAUUCAUGUGAUUGCCACGUCAGACUCGACUGGAAGGAUAUUUUUCGCCGGAUCAUCUGACAACGAUGUUUAUGAAUUCACAUAUCAACAGGAGGAGAAAUGGUUUCAGGGUCGUUGUGGGAAAGUCAAUCAAACAAGCUCACGAUUCUCAUCUUUCUCGCCGUCUCUCGCUUUCGCCCCGAAGCAGAUGGAGCAUGUUGAGCAAAUGGUAAUGGAUGAUACUCGCAACCUACUCUACACACUCUCGUCUUUGUCUACCAUUAGAGUUUUCCAUCUAAAGCCCGACGGUACAUUGGCUCUCGCUAUCACGAAACCAGCUAUCGACAUAUAUUCGAAUAUCGGUCACAUUAUUCCUACGAAUGAGACGCUGCAUCCCAAGGUGAAGAUUGUGUCUAUCAGUCCCGUGCCGACACCCGAAGCGUCGCGAUAUCAUCUAGUAGCUACGACAGCAACUGGCUACCGCAUUUACCUGAGCGCUACAGGAUCAUACAGCUGGUCGUCGGCUCCCAGCGGUACUAGUCCUCCGACAAGCAUGCAAGCACAUUUCGUUAAGACUCCACCAUUCGACAGCCCUUCGAUCGCUGGUGGCACUAGUGGUUCAAUGAUGCAAUUUCAACAACCUGCACCUGGAGCUACGGUCGCUAUUAAGUCCCUUGAUCCUACGCGUAUGGCUCAACGAUUUCCUCCAGGUUUUUUCUUCUGUUUCACAUGCAAAGACCCUUCACAGAAAGAAGAUACCUUGUUUGUCUCUGCACCUGACUCGGGCAGAAUUGCCCGCGCCCACGAAAAUGUUAUUCCCCCUAAACCUUCAGAAUCAGCCAUAUGGCUUUCAUUAGGUAGUAGGGCUGAAGAUAUUGGUCUCUGUGGGACCCCUCUUGCGUCCGUGGCUUCUGCGAAUGGAUUUGGAAAUGAGUUGGCUAUACAAUAUGAUCAGCCGGCAGCAGAAUUCGCUAUCCUAACCAACACAGGCGUUCACGUUGUUAGACGGCGUCGUCUUGUUGAUAUCUUUGCGGCACUUGUUCGCCAUGGCGGUGGCGAUGAAGGUUUAGAGGGUGAUAUCAAAAGCUUCAUUCGGGUCUACGGGCGCAGCGAGACUCUCGCCACUGCCCUGGCCGUUGCAUGCGGUCAAGGAGUGGAAAUUUCUCCAGAUUCUCGCCUCUCGAAAAUCAACGAUCCAGAUGUUCUCGAGUACGCACGAAAGGUUUUUAUUGAAUAUGGCGGUCGCCCAUCCAUGAAUGAGAACGCUGUUGCAGAUAGUGGAGCCCCUGCAAUCGAUGCCAUUGUUCCUUCUCCACGUCAUACUGGCAUUGCACUGUACAUGUCCCGCCUCCUUCGAUCUAUCUGGAAGAAGGAAAUUGCUAUCACCAAACCAUCAAAGACUGGGCCUAUAGAGGUAACACCUUCUGUGAGCAUAUCCAAACUUCAAAGCAUCCAGAAAGACUUGUCUUCGCUGCAGGAAUUUUUCAAGACCAACAAGAAUUUCAUCGAAGGCCUUAGCGGCCCAGAAGCACUUGCUCGUGCCGCAACGAAGCAGGAGGAAAUUGCUCUGCAGGCGGAGCACCGUGCACUACACUCGUUGGUACAGCUUUUGUCUGAUACAAUUGAGGGCAUCUCCUUUGUUCUUGUUCUUUUUGAUGAACGUGUCGAUGAGAUUGUAGUCGCUCUUCCUGAAGAGGCUAGACAACGGUUUUUGAAACUCACAUUCGAGGAGCUAUUCAGCACCGGAAAAGGAUACGAGAUCGCCAAGGAACUCGUCAAGGCGAUAGUUAACAGGAACAUUGCAAAGGGAUCUAAUGUUGAAACAGUGGCUGAUGCAUUACGACGCCGAUGUGGUAAUUUCUGCAGUGCCGAAGAUGUCAUCAUCUUCAAAGCUCAAGAGCUUCUUAAGCGAGCUACUGAGACUGGUGCAAACUCAGAGCUGGGUCGGAAUCUACUUAAUGAGAGUCUACGCCUGUUCAGCCAGGUUGCCGAGGAUCUGCCGAUGGAUUAUCUUGUAUCUGCAGUGAACCAUUACAUCGAGAACCAAUUUUUCGCAGCAGGUGCUAUUCAACUUUGCUUGGCUGUUGCAGGAAGCUCUGAUAAGGCCAAUCUGGCUCUUAAUUGGAUCAUGGACGGCCGUUCACUAGAGGACUCACGACACAAUUAUUUCGCGUUCCGCAAGCAAUGCUAUGAUCUAAUUUUCAAGGUUGUUGUUGCAGUAGACACAUCAGCUGCUUCAGACCCUGGGGUGAUUGACGGCCAAUACACACCUGUUGCUAAGCGACGAAAUGAAGCCUACGGUGUAAUCUCCGACUCCGAUGACGAAGUUUUCCUCACCAGCUUAUAUGACUGGUAUCUUGACCAAGGCUGGAACGAUCGUCUUCUCGCAACCAAAUCGCCCUUUGUUGUCACAUACCUAGAACGCAAAUCCGUCGACGAUCUCUAUCACGCCGAUUUACUCUGGCGCUACUACGGACAGUCGGAGCGAUACUUUGAUGCUGCUCGUGUGCAAUAUCAACUCGCACAAAGUGCAUUCACUCUUCCGCUAAGUCGUCGUAUUGAAUACCUCGGACAGGCGCGUGCCAAUGCUUCGACUUUCACCCCCGAUAUCGGCCGUCAGUCACGACAGAAACUUUUGCAAGAAAUCGGCACCCUUAUGGAUGUUGCCAAUAUUCAAGACGAUCUAUUGCAACGAUUAAAAGAAGAUACACGCUUGAGUGAAAACAAGUCAGAGGUAUUGCACGACAUAGACGGGCCGAUCAUUGAUCUUACUUUGCUGUUCAACCGAUAUGCGGAUGCAGGAGGAUAUUGCGACAUUUGUUUGCAAAUCUACUAUGUUGCUGACCACCGAAACACAGCUGACAUUCGGUCAACCUGGGAGAACCUCUUGGACCAAGUCCAUAAUGCAACUGUCGAAAAAGGCGAUGCGGCACCGUACGAAGCAGUGAUUGAAAAGGUUCGGUCGCUAGGCAGCCGCCUUCGUAUGUCCGAGAUUGUGUUCCCGAUUUCCGUCGUUCUUCCCAUGAUUGAGCGUUAUUCAUUCAAUUACCAGCGUGAUAUUGGUCCACCGACAUGGGUUGUCGAUUUGUUUUUGGAUCUAGAAGUUCCUCACGAGACAAUCUACACAACACUGGAAGGCAUGUUCUACAACGACGAAGCUCCAUUCACUGGAACGAACAAGAGAUACAUUGCCAACGACCUAUUAUACAUCAUUCAAAGAUGGUAUAGCGAGACGGUCCGGCUAGGAGGAACAGUCUUCGGCAACGAUGUCAUGGCGGCGCGAAUAUCAGAAAUGCUCAUUCUUGUACAACAAAGUGGUAUCCCCGCUGAAUACGUCCAGUUGGCGCAAGAAUUACGAGUACAAAUCGAAAACAGCAUUCGAUAG